GAGGAGAGAUCCCAAUGCCUCGGCCCAGCCGCGUCAGGGGCCUUGUCCCUAGUCCCCAGGGCUCCUGCUGCUGUUAGUUGGUUAAUUAAUUAAUUAAUUAGUGGCUCUGAAGGUCCUGCCAGGGCUCGGGUAGCAGUAACCGUAGAAGUGCGGACAAUUACGGCGGGUUUUCUUUGGCGCUCAUGGAUCGCAGCUGUCGCUUGUUACCCCCCAUGAGUGCCCCGAUGUCCGGCACGGCUGGCCAGGCCGCCCCCGCUGCCAGGGGCUUCGUGCGCCCCGCUGUAAUUCAGGAGAUUCCAGACCCAUCCUUUCUGUCCCUCUGAUAUCUCUGCCCGCAGUGACAUUUACAGGCUGGGUGGGAGCAGGCGCCGGGAAGCUCAGCACGGCUCAGGCGACUGCAGAAUCCUUCAGACAAAUUAUGCUGUUUUGAUCCUUUGUCCCCUGCACACAGAUGUUUACCCACUUUUUAAAAUAAUCCAAUGAACUGGAUUCUUCUCCAAAUUUUCUUCACAUGAGGUUGCAGUAAGAAACUUGAUGUCAUUUGAGCAGGACAAUUAAACCCCUGAAGAAAUAUUAGACUGGCCAUAGAGAUAGGAUUACUUGCUACAAAGAAGCAUCACCGCACUACAGUGUAAUGAAGCCCUUACUUGCAACCAUUUCAGGAUGUUGUUGCAGCAAAAUGUAUUUUUUGCCUUGAUUUUUAACCAUACAGAUUAAUUGCUGAACCUCCAAAAUACAAAGAGAAGUAUCUUGAAAUGCCUGGUAUUCAGCUGUGGAUUUUGGAGCAUGAUGAAAAAUGGGAAAUACGUCUGACUGCUGCAGAGAGGGCUUGGAGAUGAUCCCUUGAAGGCACUAAGAUGCCUGGCUGCUUUAAAAAGACAUUAUUUGCCUUGGCUUCCCUAAUAAGUUUUGUGUCUUUUAUCUUGAUUGUUGUUGCAAUGGGGAUCCCAAAGUGGAUGACUGGAAAGAUCCUUUGCAAAACAGGGGCUGAUUUGGUCAAUGCCACAGAUCCAGAGCUGGUCAAGUUCAUUGGAGAAAUUUACUACGGACUCUUUCGGGGCGGCAAAAUACGCCAAUGUGGCUUGGGCGGGCGGCGCUCCAAAUUCACAAUUUUCCCACACAUGGUGAAAAAGUUGAAUACAGGCCUGCAUGUGAUGAUCAUAAUGUUCCUCUGUGUGGCCAUUUUCUUUUCUCUGGUCAGUUUUGGAUUCUGCAUUCUUAACGCAAUAAAAGUUCCUUACCGGGCUAUUAACGGUCCAGCAGGAGCAUGCCUUUGGAACUUCCUUGCAGGUGGAUUUGUGGUACUUGGAGUCACCAGCUUCAUGGCUGCUGUGAAACUUCAUCACCUCACAGAAAGAAUUGCCAAUUUUCGGGAAAAUGUCUUUCGGUUCGUUAUCUUAGAAGAACGCUUUGAAGACUGUUUUUGGAUUUGUGUGGCAAGUGCCACAGCACAUGCAGUGAAUUUACUGCUAAUAGCCAUUAGUGAGAUUCAUUUCCCUAAAAUUAAGACUAAAACAGAAGAAGUCAAUGUUACAGCAGAGGAUAUCAUGUACUAACAAAUCUACACAAAACUAUUUUGCUCACGUGAACUGUUGUGACAGGAACAGCUUCUUGGCUCUUCAUCCUUUGUUUUGGAUAGAUGAUUUGUGUACAAACCUGUGUAAACAUGUCAGUCUACAAUACCAGCAACUAACAUGUCUGUGAAAAAAAAUUAAAAAACCAAAUGCUAUAAAUAUCAUUAUUCUCAAAACAAACUGAUAUCUGCAGUGAGUAUAUACUGUUUCCAUUUUAAGAAAAUUUGCUCUUUGGGGUAUUUUAGAAAGUUAAGGUAAAAUAUUCAUCAAACCAAAUGUCUUCUUUAUUUAGAAAGACAACAUGUUUAUCACAAAUCUUUGAAACUAUAAGGUUAUUUCAAAAGAGAAAGAAUGUAUAUUUGGCAUUUAUUUCACAGAAUUAUCUAGAGCAUAUUAAGAAGGACAUAUAUCUUUCAUGAUGUUAUACAGCAUGGAAAAAGAGAACUUCAUCAACUGUGAGGCUAAAGUUAUGGGGUAGUAAAGGCUAAGUGUGUGUGUGUGAAAUGUUUUUAAAACAGAAAUUGUCAGUACCACAAGGCAAAGAAGUGAGAAAUGUAAAGUAUAUGGGAUUCUAUUAGUCUGUGAAGCAAAAAUUAUUAGCUGCUAGAUGAACAUUUUAUUGCAGCUUCUGGAAGUAAACAGAUUAAGGGUAAUAAUGCUUUUAGAUAACCUGGAAAAUAUUAAUCUGACAGAUUAAUUUUCUUCAUAACUGUUAAGUCUAUCUGAAAUCAAGUAAAAGUGAUGUAUGAUGAAACAGUAUUGAAAUGAAUAGAACUGGCUAAAUGGAUGGAAAAGUUACUUUCUUAGGAAGGGCCAUAAUUUUGACAAAGUUUCGACUAGUUCAUGCGUGCUGAGGAGUGAUUAUUUUUGAGAAAAGGAUAUGGAAUAUACCAUUAAGAAUGGAUACAGUGGCCUCUACCAUCUCUGGGUUUGGCUCUACAAGGUUAGUAGGAUUAUGAGUGAAGCAGAAAUUUGUGAGGGUGUCUCUGCAAUAGGCCCUACUCACCUAUCUUCUUCAAGACACCAUGAGCCACUUUUGUUUUGCAGGAGCACUACAAUUAUUCUAAAAAAAUUAAAAGAUAGAUGGAAAAUGAUGAUGAUGAGUUGUAGAACUGUUACAAUUUUAGUAUAAAGGAGACUUAAUAAAGCAGAAAAAGUUCCUAUUUCAUACCACCCUCUUGCUUCAUUGUUCUUCUAAAUUUACUGGUGCUUUGACUCAGACUGUGCCCUGGGCCACACUCCAGGAAGAUGGUGCAAUAGCCUGCACAUGGAUAGGCAGCAAACAAACCCAGGCUACAAAGGUGUCUUAGAUGGUAACAACACUAUGGCCCUGAAAACUGUCCACAGGGCCCUCUGUGGUACCACCUUCUCCUUCCAGAAAAUUCUGAAUGGCUUUGAGAUAGAAAAACUUGAAGUGCAGCAUAAUUACACCAGUAGAAAAUGUAAUACUUGUCAUUUGUAAUUGUUCUAUGAACAUGUAAUGUAAUUGUUCUAUGAACAUUCUAAAGAAUUAUAUUGUGGCAUGUAACUUAGCUUUUACUAAAUAUAAUUCUCUUCUGGAGGUGAGAAGGAAGCAGAUUCUUAAAUCCUCCAUAUUGAGCGAUUGCUGUGAAAAUGCUUUUCAGUAGCAUUGAUAUGCAUGUGUUGCAACACAUUUUCAUACUGAUAAUGAACUGCUUGAUGGCCCACAAAUUUUGAACCCCUCCAAAAAUAUUACUGAAUAAGAAUCAUGGGACCAUUUAGGUAAGGACAAGAUUAAAGAUUUAUUGGAGUGGAUUACUAGGGAGGUCACAGUAGCUCUGAAAGAACCUGUAGAAUGCACUGUAUACAUGAAGUUAAAGGGGAUGACUGGGCUGAUUAGUGUUGUAAUUUCUUGGUUUGAAUCAAUUCAAGAAUGGAACAUAUUCUGCAGUAAAGGUCCAAAAGAAGAUUUCUCUCACAGCAGACCUAUGAACCAUCCUUGUGGGAUACUGUAGUUGCACAAGUUGAAUGACCAAAUAACAUUCUCACCAAUGACUGUGCUGUGACCUGUGAGAAAAUAGAAUUUUCAGUUCAGAGUGAACAGAAGUAUCCUCAUGCAUGAACUAAACUUAAUGAAACAGAUGUGAGGCUAAAUUAAACUUUCAGCUGCACAGGUUGUCUGAGUUUAGGCACUGCUAAGAUACACUGAUAGGUCAAUGCAUGGAAUAUUUGCCCUGGGAUAUUUUGUCUGGAGAAAAAAAGGUUAAGUGCAGGUAUACAUAUUUGAAAUGUGCAAUUAUAAAGCCCACCUUGGAGUUAACAAUAAGUAAGUUUAUCACUCAGACCUUUUCAGCUUUCCCUUGAACCUCAUAAACUAAUUUCAAAAGUGUGCAACUUGAUAUAUGUGGUCUACUUUAUUUACACAUUUUUAUUAUGCUUCACAUAGUGUAUCUGAUCAUAUGCAUGCUCAACAUGUAAAAAUGAGCACUUCUCUGGGGGCAUUUCUUACCUUGGAAGAUUUGAAAUCCCAGAUGAGAAUAUUUAUAUCUACCCAGAGUAAUAUCUACCCAGAACUUUGAAGAUAUUUUGGGCCCAAUCCUGUCUUUCCAUAAAAUUCAAGACAACUUCAUAUAUCUGAGAAAUACCGACUUAAUUUGUAUGUACAGAAUAAUAUCUAGAAACUACAUGAAUGUGGAGAAGCUAUGGAGCUAUGGAGUUCAAAGAACUAAAAAACUGUUAAUUCAAGAGCCUUGCCAAAAUAAAUGAAGCUGAAAAUUAAUUGCCACAUUGACUCUUUAAAUAAUAUUGUGGUUUAAUGUUAGAAAUAUGUAUUUUUACAAGAUAAAUCAAAUUGGGUCCUCAGUCAUUGUUUCUGAGUGCUGCUGUCCUUAAUAAAACAUGUUAUUUGUCUCUCUACCACUUCAUGGGAAAAGCUGUGAGGUGGGAAAUCUAGUGGACUCCUAGUGAACAGGCCCAGCUCCUUCUACAUCAUGUUCUGCUUAUCUAACAGUCUAACUCCACUUAAGGAUGUAUGGAAAAGCAAACAUUGUUAUAUAUAUAUUCAUAAGGUGUCUUAUUCUUACAUAUUUAAAUGAAAUACUUAAAAUCUAUGCUUCACACUUCAGGGCAGGGAAACAAACAAAAAAUGUCUCAAUCACCUGAAAUUAAAAUCCAGCGCAUGUUCAGUGCUCUUCAGACUGACAAUACAAUUGUCAGCAAACUCUAACCAGUUCUUUUCCGUGCAGUGCUUUU